AUGACCGCCCGCCGCGCCGCCCCGCUCGCCGCCCUCCUCCUGGGCCUGCUGCUCCGCUUCGCCGCGGUCACAGAGGCGGAGGAGAAGGCGGGAGUGUGCCCCGAGCUGAAGGAGGAGCUCAACUGCACGCAGGAGUGCAGCUCGGAUGCCGAUUGCCCCGACGUCAGCAAGUGCUGCCGCGCGGGCUGCGCCGCCGUCUGCCGGGCGCCGAACGAAAAGCCUGGCUCCUGCCCCAAGGUGGACUCACCAUUGACCCCACUCGGCCUCUGCCGGGACCAGUGCCAGGUGGACAGCGAGUGCCCGGACCAGAUGAAAUGCUGCCUCAAUGGCUGCGGGAAGGUGUCCUGUGUCUCACCCGUCUUCUGA